AUGUUUGAUCUCACACGCAAGUCGACAUUGAACUCGAUAAAGGAAUGGUACAGACAGGUGAGAGGGUUCAAUAAGACAGCGAUUCCGUUUUUGGUGGGGACCAAGUACGACCAAUUCAUAGAUUUGCCAUAUCAGGAUCAAAUGGAGAUCACGCAGCAGGCCAAGAAGUUCGGCCACGCCAUGAAGGCUCCUGUCAUAUUUUGUUCUACAAGCCACUCGAUAAACGUUCAGAAAAUAUUCAAAAUCAUCUUAUCUAAAGCGUUUGAUUUGAGAUUGAAUUUGGACGAAAUCGUUAACGUUGGCGAACCCAUCCUCCUAUAUAAAUAG